UUUUAUCAAAAUUAUCAUAAAUUCAAUGCAUUUCACCUUAAACAACAACAAAAUACAUCCGAAAAUAAUUAGACAACUUGACAAAAAUUAGAUAUAAAAAGAAUAAUUUCCCCCUCAUCUUUGACCAUUGUAGCUGACAUAUUACCAAUUAAUAAAUAACAAAAGUGAAAAGUUCUUAGUUUCUUACAUAUGAAAGGAGAAAAAAAAAAUACACAGAGUAUAUCUAGAAACAAAUAAGGACACGUUAUUAAAUCACCUAAACCACUCAAAGUCAAAUAAAACGAAACUUCAACGUACCCAAUUCCUGACUUUUUAUACUCCUAUAAUAUCCUUUAUAUUUCCUUCUUUUAACAAAAGUCACAAUACCAUACAAAAAAACAUCUGAUUCAAAAAGCCUUAAAACAACCGCCCAAACAAGAUGUCUACCGAUCAUCAAAGGAUCCACCCUGCACCGGACGUGGAAGCGCCACCACCAUCAUCCGCGCCAUUGAUCCCACCCAACACUCUCAAGUCCGAUAGCACCGGUCGCGAACACUACCCUCCUUUACCAGCUCGAGCCGGCCCUCCACCUGCCUACCCAAUACCACCCCCACCAUACAAACGUAGAAAAAGAAGUUGUUGCUGCCGUGCAUUUUGUUGCAUAUUUUGUACACUACUUGUACUAAUCGUCGCUAUCGGUGCUACCAUAGGUAUACUCUUCCUCAUAUUUCGCCCUAAAAUCCCUGAUUAUUCCAUUGAUACCCUUAAAGUCACCCAAUUUUCCCCUAACAACAACAACUCUAUAUCCGCCGCGUUCGUCGUAAACAUAACCGCUCACAACCCUAACAAACGCAUAGGCAUUUAUUACCUAGGUGGGUCUAGUCUUACUGCUUGGUACAAAGACACACAACUUUGUCAAGGGUCAUUACCUAAGUUUUACCAAGGCCACCGUAACACCACCAAUCUCGACGUGUCGUUAUCCGGUACCGUUAACGAUGCCUCGGGGUUAAGCUCUACAUUGCAACAACAACAGAGAGAUACUGGAAAUAUUCCCUUGGUUUUAAGGGCAAAGGUUCCUGUGAAGAUUAAGUUGGGAAAGUUGAAGUUGAUGAAAAUGAGGUUUAGGGUUACGUGUCACUUAAGUAUUGAUAAAUUAGCUGAUCAAGCUGAAAUUCGAAUUGGUAGUAGCAGCUGCAAAUUUAGACUCAAACGUAUUUUUUGAUUUUUUUUUUAAUUUAAUUUUAUUUUAUUUUUUGGAAAUUCAUUCUUUUCAUUUCCAUUUUGAUUUUCCAUUUCUCAUUUUUUACAUGAUUUUGAUAUAUUUUUUGUUGCUGUUUAUUCUACUAUUUCUUAUAUUAUUACUAGUAUUAGAUAUUUUAAAUAAAGAUUUGGAGGAUUAUUUGUGGAUCUUCCAUGGCAUAUAGAUUAUUAUUGUAUAUGAGCGAGCUACAUGUACCUGUUACAUCGACUUUUGAUGGAUAUGCUAUAUUACAUACUGUAUAAUGAAUAAGAAUGUUGUACAUUUAUUUUAUUAUUACCAGUAGGAUUUUAUUUUUUUUUGCUUUCAUAUGAGUAUAUGACGUUCCAACUAGAUCAAUUAAGUAAUUUAAGCUGACAUACAAUGUGUACUUUAUCACAUUUUCACGAAGCUUUAUAAAAUUCAAAAAAAAAAAAAAAAAAUGUGAUGACUGCUAAUUUAAUUCACCUCCCUCUUGAGUACCUGAAGUGAAUUGACAUGUAUUGCCAUAGGCAGCUAUCAACUGUAUUAAUUGAUUAGGUCAA